CCCUCUGUAUCACUUUAACGCAGAUUGACGAUAUUAGAUAUAUCGGCAUGAGCUACCAACAAUAAAAACAACACUGAUUUUGACUGCAAUAGAUUUAAGAAGAACAGACGUUAUUUUCUCCCGGUCGCCCCGGCCCUUUGUCACAAUAAUUCAGCUCAACGAUAUAAAAGACAUAGUCAAUAUACGUAGUUACCGACGACAAAGGAGGAAAUAGUACUCGUGCCGGGCGAAAUAGAUUGAAGAAGAGCAGACGUAACAGCUAGUUAAAAUGUAUUUCAAAACCAAGGUAAUUCUGUCAGUUGUAAGUUGAUACAAUUAAAUAACUGGGUCUUCAUUUAUCAAGAUGUGCCUGACUAUAUGUUGUGAGAGAGUUAUUUACUUGGCAUUUUCUGUGAAUGAAUUAAAUUACCUUUUAGAGGCUGAUAAGAUUCUUGGAAGCGCUGUCGGCCCUGUUGGCUCCUUUAAUCUCUUACCUAGAAUUACAGGCCUGGCGGACCUGCUCGACCUACGGCUUAGCUCAGUAAACAAGAUGUCUGGUUGUGCAGCGCACGUGAUUUUGUUGUGUUGGUCGUUGUUGGUCUGUUUUGGCGUCACCAGGACCUGUUUUAUAUGCUGUCAGUGUGGUGAUGUUAGUCCAGACGACCCUUUGGUAUUCGUCAAUGAAACCCUGGUAAUAAAUUGUACCCUGACAUCACCAAACGAUGACAGUAACUCUUCCACGCUCUACUUCAUACACGAACACACACCAGUGAAUCAGAGCUACCACGAGGUUGUUGACAAUGGAACCUUGACAUUCCGGAAAGUGGCGGAGUUAACCGAUGCUGGAAAUUACUAUUGCCACCGUAGGGACAUCAGUGGUGUAAUGGGACUUGUCGGAGGACAGCAGUUGGAGGUUGACUAUGAACCACAAGAGGUGACAGAACUUCAGUGUAUUUGGUAUAACUGGAAGGACGGACUAAAGUGUAGCUGGGAACUUCCCGCCUACAAUAUGAGGAAUAUUGAGGUCCAGCUACAGUGGUAUAAUGGCGUGACCGGCCAGUGUCCCAAUAUGAGCGUAGACAUGACGUCAUGCACCUUCGAUCCAUCAGGUGUCUCCCUGGAUACAUCAGAAUGGUACUUCAAAGUCAAUGUAACCAACACCAGACGUAAAGUGUCCGCCAUCGGUCCUUAUAUUACAAAAAUCCCGGCCGAAAAUGCGAAACCUAAUAAAGUAGACAGGUUUGGUUACAAGUAUACAAACGACAGCUCGUGUGUUCAGCUGACCUGGAUAUAUGACGUCUUUAUCAGUCGCUCGAGAAAGAAACAGUUUCGAGUCCGGUACUGGUCCUCGGCCUUACAACACGAGGAAUUGGUCCAUGACGAUGGUGAUGGGGGUUUGAUGGUUUGCGAUCUCGACCCCGACACCCUUUAUACGUAUACCGUGGACGUGAGAGCGGUCAAGUCUCCCUUCUACAGUGACCCUUUCACCAUAUCGGUCAAAACUGACCAAGACGUUCCACUUACGGCUCCGGUUCUCCGCAAGGGGGCGUAUCAUCGAACUAGCGUCAGUUGUUUGCUUGACCAAAAUGGAUAUCAUGACGUCACGAUAUACUGGAAGAAAAUACAAAGGAAACAAGCCCGUGGUGAUAUCGUUCGUUACACUGUGAAGUUCUCGGAGGCGAAAACAGCGAAUGAGAACGAAAUCAAUGUAACAGCUUACCACACAGAGGUCUAUUUCCCGGGUACCUCGUUGUCGGGUAUACUGAGACUGAAGUGCAACGCUACCUAUGUCAUCACGCUACAGGCGGCAACAGAGAAAGGGUUGUCAAAGACUUGGUCAUACCUGCGGAUUCCCUUCUUUACCAGACAAGGCACCUCUCCUUCCACUGUGCGUGUGGAGGAAGCAGGUGGUGAUUAUAAGGUGACUUGGGCUGGUUCACAGGCAGUCGGGCUGACAGGUUACACAGUGUACUACUGCCAACGCAAAAACAAAACUCACUGCAAGAGGGAGCUCGUGUCUGUUGACGUGGACAAACUUGACGAGGGUCAAACUACUUUGGUUGUCCAAGACAAAGAAGCCGAGUACUUAUUUGGUGUGUCCAGUGACUUCGGACAAUUCGGAAGUGGCUUUGAUCUGGUCAGCUGUGUUUAUCAUAAAAACGCAGUACCACCGCCCCCUUCCGGUAUCGUGGUCAGCUCUCAGGAUCCCGCUCGUGCGAUGGUGACGUGGAAUCACGUGACAUGCUCAGAAAACGCCCCAAUUAUCGUCAGUUAUACAAUAAGAUGGUAUAAAGUUAAUGAAGAAUUAAACAAAGAUGAAAAACCGUAUAAAGGACAAAACACAUCUAUACCUGCAAAUCAAUCUGCACUGUUCCUAAUGAACGAUGUACAAUCGGACGGAAUGUACUGUGUACAAAUCUGCAGUUCUUCCUCCGUUCAACCAGGCCCUUUCUCCGACACGGUCUACGUCACACUGGCCAAAAAAGACACUGAAGAUACGUGUGGAAGAAAAGCUCACCUUACAGGAGACGUGCUAUCGUUGUGUCUGAUCGUGUCCGUCAUCCUCAUGUGUAUCUUAUGUGUGGCCUUCUCAAUAAUUUGUUACUUCAGACAUCAAAAUCGUCGUAAAAAAGUUCUCAAAUUUAAAUCCUAGCAUCCCAGGAUCAUCAGAAAGGUUUCCCGGAAGGUGCAUAAAAUUUGCAGAGGAUCUCAAUUACAUUAAUUUCAUAUACAAACUGUAAUAUUUUCGUAUAUAGAACACAAGGGUAAAAUAUGCGUCCAUGACAUUUUGACAUUUUGUUACCACUCUUUACAUUGCUCGCAGUAUCUCAAUGCAAAUGCAAUUUGUUUAUUUGAUUACCUUUGUUUUAAACGGUAAGCCAAAAAGUCUUUGAUAAGUGCAUAUUAUUUUUAAUGUGUACAGAAAGUAAACAAAGAUAUGAAUAAUGUUUCCCAGCGUCGAUCCAGACGCGAUUUUCAACACACAUACAUCAUACAAUCGUAAUUCAAAUCAAACGCAAUUAUCAACACACACAUAUAUUAUAUAAACCUAAUUCAAUCCAGACGCGAUUUUCAAGUCACAUACUUAUUUUAGAUAUUUAUAUUUUUUAUCCACAUACUUAUUUUAGAUAUUUAUCCACAUACUUAUUUUAGAUAUUUAGACACAUACAAACCUUUGUAAGCAAUUUAGAAAACACGUGUUUAGGUUAGUUUAUUCAUAACACACAAACCUGUUCAAGAUAUGAAAAACACACUAUUUGAUUUAUAUUUUCGCAACA